ACUGUCCCCAAAGAGUACCCGCAGCUAGUGGCGAUUCCGCUGAACCGGCGGCCGCUGUUUCCCGGUUUCUACAAAUCCCUGUACAUCAAGGAUCCGCAGGCGAUUGCAGCGAUUCAGGAGCUGAUGCAUCGGAAUCAGCCGUACGUCGGCAUCUUCCUGUCUAAAAACGACGAAUUGGAGGACGAUGUGAUUGGCGACAUGGACCAGGUGCAUCCUGUCGGAGUAUUUGCGCAGAUCACCAACAUAUAUCAGGCAGGACCGGGCAACGAGGCGCUGACGGUAGUUGUGUACCCACAUCGCCGUAUCAGAAUGACGGGCGUAGUAGGUCCACCUGAUCUCGCAAAUAUCAAGAUGCGGCAACAGGCUGCCAUGGACGCGAAGAAGGAGAAGGAGAAGGAGACAGCAUCCGAUACAGAGAAGGCUGCGGACGCGCCUUCGUCUGACGCAGAUGCCGCCAAGGAGGCAACAGCAGAAGGUAGCGUGGGCUCGAUUCCGAAUUCGAUCAAGGGCGAUUACCUACCUAUGAACAAGCACCUGCACAACUACCGCGUCUCCCUCGCCAAUGUUGAGAACAUGACCGACGCGCCCUUCAAUGCCAGCAACAACGUCGUGAAAGCCAUCACUUCCGAAAUGCUCAACGUGCUGAAGGAGAUCUCCAAUAUCAACCCUCUUCUCCGCGAUCAAAUCAUCACCUUCUCCAUCCAAACGGGCGGCAGUGCGUUCGCGGACCCAGCUAAACUGGCCGAUUUCGCCGCAGCCGUCUCGACAGGCGAACCAAGCGAACUGCAAAGUGUGCUGGACAGUUUGGAAAUCGAGGAGAGAUUGAUGAAGGCUCUGUCGGUCGUGAAGAACGAAUUGGCAAAUGCAAAGCUGCAACAGGAUAUCGCCAAGGAGGUCGACAAGAAGAUUACCAGGCGGCAGCAGGAGUACUUCUUGAUGGAGCAGCUGAAGGGCAUCAAGAAGGAACUGGGCAUCGAUAGUGAUGGAAAGGACAAGUUGACGGAGAAGUUCAAGCAAAGAGCUGCCAAGUUGGACAUGCCGGAGGCUGUCAAGAAGGUUUUCGAUGAGGAAAUCAACAAGCUGCAGUCACUUGAACCCGCCGCCUCCGAGUUCAAUGUCACCCGCAACUACCUUGACUGGAUAACACAAAUACCGUGGGGCCAACACAGCAAGGAGAACUUUGACAUCAGACACGCCGCAACUGUUCUGGAUGAGGAUCACUACGGCCUGAAAGACGUGAAGGACCGUAUUUUGGAGUUCAUUGCUGUCGGCAAAUUGCGCGGAACUGUGGAGGGCAAAAUCAUUUGCUUACAAGGGCCUCCUGGUGUUGGAAAGACAUCGAUCGGAAAGUCCAUCGCACGAGCACUGGGGCGAGAGUUCUUCAGGUUCAGUGUAGGAGGACUUACAGACGUUGCUGAAAUCAAGGGACACCGCCGGACGUAUGUCGGCGCAAUGCCCGGAAAGGUGGUGCAGGCAUUGAAGAAGGUGCAGACAGAGAACCCUCUCAUCAUGAUCGACGAAAUCGACAAACUCGGCCGCGGCCACCAAGGCGACCCCGCCUCCGCCCUCCUCGAACUCCUCGACCCCGAACAAAACAACUCCUUCCUCGACCACUACAUGGACAUCCCCCUCGACCUUUCCAAAGUCCUCUUCGUCUGCACUGCCAACAUGCUGGAAACCAUCCCCGCGCCAUUACUCGACCGCAUGGAGAUCAUCCGUCUGUCCGGUUACGUUGCGGAAGAAAAGGUUGCCAUCGCUGCAAAAUACCUCGCCCCCGCCGCCCGCGAAUCCGCAGGCGUCAAAGAAACCGAUGUCGUAUUGCAACCGGAAGCCAUCGAAUCGCUCAUCCGCCAUUAUUGCCGGGAAAGCGGCGUCAGGAACCUGAAGAAGCACAUUGACAAGAUCUACAGAAAGACGGCGUUCAAGAUUGUGCAGGAGGAUAAGGAGCCGGGAAGUGAGGCGACGAAGUAUGAGAUUACGCCGGAGAAUUUGAAGGAGUAUGUGGGCAGCCCGGUGUUUACGUCUGAUCGGAUGUAUGAUCAGACGCCGCCGGGGGUUGUUAUGGGGUUGGCUUGGACGUCUAUGGGCGGCUCAGCACUUUACAUCGAAUCCGUCCUCGAGUCCACCAUUUCCGAAACGGGCAAACCGUCUUUCCACCGCACGGGCCAGAUGGGCGACGUCAUGAAGGAGUCUUCCACCAUCGCCUACACGUACGCGAAAUCGUUCAUGGCCAAACGGUUCCCGGAUAACAAGUUCUUUGACAAGGCUCAGGUGCAUCUGCACGUUCCUGAGGGCGCGACUCCGAAAGAUGGCCCCUCCGCCGGCUCCACAAUGGUCUCCUCCCUUCUCUCCCUCUCCCUCUCCAAACCGCUGAUACCCGACGUCGCCAUGACGGGCGAAAUCACACUAACAGGCAAGAUCCUCAAAAUCGGCGGGGUGAAAGAGAAAACGAUUGCCGCGAAACGAUCAGGCGUGAAAACCAUCAUCUUCCCGGAAUCCAACCGCGCGGAUUGGGAGGAGCUGCCGGAUUAUGUCAAGCAGGGGCUGGACGUAAAAUUUGUGGCGUGGUAUGAGCAGAUCUUCGAGGUGGUGUUUCCCGAGUUGCAUGCGGAGAGUGCGAAGAACGCUUAG